AUGCAGCCUUUCGUGGAACAACAUCUGGAAAAGCUUCUCGGCCUCAGCAACGCGACUGAGUGGAGACGUUUUCGUGCCAUACCAUACAUUCUUCUCGUCUCAGACCUGCGAGGUUUUCACAACCCACCUGGUCACUCAGUCUUGUUGAUAAACGACGGUCACGGUGAAGAGUACAUCUUCGAUGGUACUAUCGAUCAAUACGGAUGGAAUUGGGUGACACAUUGGCUCAUGACAAAGGAUGAGCUUGUGGAAAGCCAUAUGGAUCUGAGCCAAGCUCCGUAUUUGGAAGAAUACUUUGGAGGAGACCAGAUUAUUCGUGCGGAGGCGCUGAGCAUGAACAACGAGUAUGGAUAUUGGGCUGUCGCGAGCAGGCGUAUGGAGCAGAUAUUUGAGCAAGUGGACUGGCAUUCUCUGCGUGGAUGUGCGGAAGAUGAGAUUGAGGCGCAGAUUCGCACUCUGAGCAGGGCCAAUUUUGCGGGUGCAUAUGAGGAGGCAGUGGCACAGUAG